AUGGCAACCAUCGAAGCCCAGGACCUCAGAGAAAGAAUUGGGCGCUUUCGAGUUCUGAUCAUGGGGAGAGCAAACGCAGGCAAAACGACCAUCCUUCAGAAGGUCUGCAACACCACGGAUCAACCAGAAAUUUACGAUACUAAAGGAAAGAAGAUUGAUACUACCAUCGUGGAAUCCUCAAUCAAGCGCGGAAAUCACGAUAUCGCGAACGAAAUGGUAUUCAAAAGCAAUCCCGGUUUUGUAUUUCACGACUCCUGCAGUUUCGAAGCGGGAUCUGAAGAAGAAUUCAAGAAUAUGAAGAAGUUUAUCUCAGAACGGGCACAUGCGACAAAAUUGGAGGAGCAACUUCACACCAUCUGGUAUUGUAUUCCGAUGGACGAGCAUUGUCGAACAUUCCAGCGGUCAGAAGAGAAGUUCUUCCGGGAGUGCGACACUGGGCACGUUCCUGUGGUUGUGGUGUUCACCAAAUUCGAAGCUCUGCGUCCCGUUGCAUUUGGAGAAAUCAAGGAGCAACUAAAAGGUGUAUCGAAAGAAGAAUGCUCAAAGAGGAUUGCUGAGCGUGUUGAGGAACUGUUUACUAAGACAGGAGUCUUGGAUCAGUUGUGCAACCCCGAAAACCGUGCGCGUCCCAAGGCCUAUGUACGCUUGCAGGGAAUGAACAAAAUGGAUGCAAACUGCAACACUCUACUGGAACACACCACUUUUGCACUAGACAAUGAAGAAUUGCGAUUGUGCUUGGUGUCGACACAAAUAUCAAACAUGGAGCUUUGCAUCAAGUGUGCCAUCGCGUGA